AUGCCCCAUAAUGCACUGCACGCUGCAGGGCUGAAGUCGUGCACAUUCAUCAGUUCCCAUUGGCAGCGGCGAGAGGAGAGGAGCUCACUCGUACAGCUGGUCAGAGAGAGCCAGAGUCACACAGCGCUGGGCAGAGAGAAGUGCCUUUGUCUGACUGAGCCCCAUGGCGGUGUGGCCCUCCUGAAGCUGCCUGUGUACCCCGUCAUACACACAGAUAUCUCCUGCUCCGAAUCGACCCGGCCUGCCCGCUCCAAAAUGGCGGUGAACGUGACACCCAUAAGGGACACAAAAUGGCUGACGUUGGAGGUCUGUCGGGAGUUCCAGAGAGGGACAUGUUCGCGACCGGACAGUGAAUGCAAGUUUGCUCACCCGGCCAAAAGCUGUCAGGUGGAGAACGGCCGAGUCAUCGCCUGCUUUGACUCCCUCAAGGGCCGGUGUUCCAGAGAGAACUGCAAGUACCUGCACCCUCCGCCCCAUCUAAAGACACAGCUGGAAAUAAAUGGAAGAAACAAUCUCAUCCAACAGAAAAACAUGGCUAUGCUGGCCCAGCAAAUGCAGCUGGCCAACGCAAUGAUGCCCGGCGCACAGCUCCAGCCGGUGCCAAUGUUCUCAGUUACCACCAAUGCCAACGCUGCAGCAGCUGCGGCCGCUGGGUUUAACCCGUACCUGGGUCCAGUAUCGCCCGGCCUGAUGCCUGCUGAUAUCCUGCCUAGUGCUCCUGUCCUGGUCACCAGCAGCCCCAACGUCCCUGUCCCUGCUGCCGCUGCUGCUGCUGCUCAGAAGCUCAUGAGGACAGACAGACUAGAGGUGUGUCGGGAAUACCAGCGGGGAAACUGUACGCGGGGAGAGAGUGACUGCCGCUUCGCUCACCCAUCAGACAGCACCAUGAUCGACACCAACGACAACACCGUCACUGUGUGCAUGGACUACAUUAAGGGCCGCUGCUCCAGGGAGAAGUGCAAGUACUUCCACCCUCCGGCACACCUGCAGGCCAAGAUCAAAGCUGCCCAGCACCAAGUCAACCAGGCUGCCGCUGCUGCAGCCAUGACUCAGUCGGCUGUCAAAUCACCGAAGCGACCCCUGGACGCAACUCUGGACCUGGGGCUCCCUCCUGUUUUGCCUCCUUUACCAAAGAGACCUGCACUUGAAAAAGCCAAUGGUGCCACCACUAUGUUCAACGCUGGUGUGUUCCAGUAUCAACAGGCCCUGGCCAACAUGCAGUUCCAGCAGCAGGCAGCAUUCAUCCCAUCAGGCUCGAUAUUGUGCAUGACACCUGCAACAAGUGUUGUUCCCCUGAUGCACGGUGCUUCUCCAGCCACUGUGUCAGCAGCCACCACAUCUGCCACAAGUGUUCCCUUUGCAACUGCUGCAGCCAAUCAGAUUCCAAUAAUAUCUGCAGACCAUCUGACUAGUCACAAGUAUGUGACCCAGAUGUAG